CUCUCUCUCAUCCAAUCUCCCAUAGAAACUCCGUCUCCAAUCAACAUAGGAAUUCCACCUACCCAUUCCAAUCCAAUCCAAUCCAAUCCCCCACUUCUACCCUCAUUUCUCAUCUCAUUCUCUCCCAAUUUCUCUGGAAAAUCAUGCAACUAGCCUCCCAAGAACCCACCACCACCACCGAUAAACCUAUGGAAGCAGCAGCAAGAUCCACCUCCUCCCGUAGACCGAGGGUGAGGGAGGUCAGCUCUCGCUUCAUGUCCCCCGUCGUCUCCUCUUCUUCUUCCGGCGAUCUCCAUCUCCCUUCUUCUUCUUCUUUUUCUUCCUCCUCCUCCAAAUGCCCUCCUCCCCUUCCUAAGCAUCCUCAUCAUCCCCUCGAUAUCAGAGGGCAGCAGCAGCAGCGAUCCCAGUCCGUGCACAGGCGGCACCCUUCUCCUUCUUCUCCAAUCCACAGCGACUCUGAAUCUGAACCCUUGUGCUCUUCCAAUUCCAACACCGUCUUCGACACCCCUUCAGCAGCAUUUCAUCCAAGCAAAGCCUUGCCCAGGCGGUCUGCAAAGCUGCUCCUCAAGGAGAAUGGCGAUCCCCUUCUGUUAGAUUCCUCAAAGCCACCCCCCAAUAGCACCCAUCUGAGAUCCAUCGCCACCAAGUUCCCAGCCGGAAGCAGGAAGAGGACAGACACGCCCACAGUAUUCUUCGACAGGCCUACACCCAGAUCCAUGUUCACGAGCCAAAACCUUCCUAAGUCAACCAGCUCUCGGGUUGCAUCUGCAGCGAGCACAGCAGCUGCAAAGCUGGUCCAAUCCAGCGGAAUGGGGGCUAAAAGAAACGCAAUCCAGGAGAUGAGUUCAAUUCAUGGAAAUCCCAUCUCUGCUGAAUCAUCCGACAACGAUGUUGGAACCCUAGAUGUCUCUGCUGACAAUUUAGUUUCAAGUGAUUCUUCUUCAGAAAUGUGCACGAUCAGCGGCCAGGGAGGCGUGUGUGAUAGCCCUCCUAUUCCAGCCCAAACCAGCAAGAUCCGGCCCAUCUCUGAUUUCCGCUCCUCCAUGCCGGAGGCAGAUCUGUUACCGACCAUGUCGGCAAGAUUGCUGGGAGAGGGGAAUUCCAGUGAGGUUGUUGGAAGUGGAGAUUUGUGCAGGGUCUCCGCCUCCCCUUGCUAUCGCUCUCUUAAUUCAGCCUUGUCAAGUUGCCAGCAAUCCUUUAGUCCCACAAAGUCUAUCUGUAAAUCAUCUGUUUUCACCAAAUCGCAUUCGGGCUCCACAAAGCCAGGCACAGUUUGUCUGCCACCCAAUCCAUCCAAUAUGAAGCCAGGGAUAGAGACAAGGAAGGGAAGAAAAGCAUCGAGCCAUCAAGAAGAUGUUCAUUCACUGCGUAUGCUUCACAACCGUUGUCUGCAAUGGAGAUUAGCAAAUGCAAAAGCAGAGGCCACCAUGAAUGCGCAACAAUUUGAAGCUGAGAGAUCUCUUUGUAGUAUCGUGGCUAAAAUAUCAGAAAUGCGCAAGUCUGUGAUGACGAAGCGAAUUGAACUUGAGCAGUUGAAAAAGAUGGAAAGAUUGUCUACUAUUCUUGAUGCACAAUUGCCAUAUUUAGAUGAAUGGGCAGUACUGGAAGGAGAUUAUUCAAAUUCUGUUUCAGGUGCAAUCAAAGCUUUGCAGGAUGCUUCGCUCCAACUUCCAGUUGUUGGGAAUGUGAGGGCUGAUACUACAGAGCUCAAUGAUGCUUUUAACUCAGCAACAAAUGUGUUGGAAGCAAUUUUUCCCUUUGUUCAAAGCUUCUUGCCAAAGGCAGAAGGAGUGGAUCAUGUAAUUUCAGAACUUGCCGGGGUAGUUGCCAGGGAAAGAGCGCUCAUUGAAGAAUGCGGAGAUCUAUUGUCCAAGGUGCAUAUAAUGCAGGUGGAAGAGUGCAGCUUGCGAGGACAAUUGAUUCAACUCAAACGUAGUAGCUCUACAGAACCAAAGGAAGUAUAAGUUCUGAGUAUUUUACGAUAGCUAAGCUACCCUUCUGUGCACAUGGAGCACAUCUUCUUCUUCUCAGGGUAGAAAAUAUUCUUCUCCAUAUUGUAAGAUAGCAUUCUUUUAUAAUCAUAAUAAAGAAGAGCACAUCUAUUUUUUUUUCC